GCACAUUUUCUAGAAAUAACAUGAACUAAUAUACAUGAGGUCCUUGAAAAUCAUUCACUAUCAUUUAUGAGGUACUUACGAAUGGACCAUAAAUUUGAGAUCAAACCUUUUCGGACGCACAUAUUCCGAAAAAAGCAUGGACAUUAUUUAAUACACACAUGAAAAGCCUCGGAAAUUCUAAAUUCCUAUUUCGGAACCCCACUUAUCAUUUACUAGGUUGUUAUCGAUGGACCCAUAAACUUUAAGGUCAAACAGUCCGGUCACAGAAAAACAUUCACUAUCAUUGACUAGGUUGUUACCGAUGGACCCAUAAAACUUAAGGUCAAACAAUCCGGUCACAGUUAUUCCCAAGAAAUCAUGGCCUUAAUACACACGAAAAGCCUCAAAAUUCUAAAUUCCAGUUUUGGGACCUUGAAAUUGCUAAAUGAUCCACGUACGCACCUGAAAAGCAUUCACUAUCAUUUACUAGGGCCUUACGAAUGGACUUUUGACGAGUCAUUUUUUAUCUUCAUGUCAUGGUCUGAUCAACGUGCAGUAACUACACCAAUGUGCUUGCCGAAUUGAAGAUUACAAAGUUUGGUAGCUUUCUUUAUUAGCUUAGUCUACUUGUACGGUUGUAUCAAGUAUCUAACUGCUGAGGUUUCUUGUUCAUGAUUGAAGAUAUAUGUCAUAAUGUGUGUAGUUCUCUUACUAAUGUGUGUAGUUCAUGUAGGGCCACAAAUCCGAGGAAACUUCUCCGAUUUCAGUCUCAGUUUUGCUGUGGGUAGUUGGGAGCAGAAAGAAAUAAUAAGCCGUGAUGGACAAAUGAAGCUGCAGAUUCAGAUCUUCUUUGCUUCGAUUGAUCAACGAAGUGAACGAGCUGCUGGUGAAAGUGCUUGUACAACCUUGGUUGCUGUCAUAGCUGAUUGGUUCCACUGCAAUCCUGAAGAUAUGCCCAUCAAGUCCCAACUUGAUUCUCUUAUUUGUGAAGGCUCGAUGCAGUGGAGGGAUCUUUGUGAAAACGAGACCUAUAGGGAACGUUUCCCAGAUAAGCAUUUUGACCUCGUGACAGUUCUCGAGGCUAAAGUGCGUCCACUCUCAGUAGUCUCAGAAAAAUCAUUCAUUGGGUUCUUUCAUCCCGAAGGAAUCGAAGAAGAGGAAGGAUUCCACUUCCUUCAUGGUUCCAUGUCUUUUGACAACAUAUGGGACGAGAUUUCUAAGUCCGCUCAAGAAACUCCUCAUCAUGGCGACUCCUGUGUUUACAUUGUGAGUUGGAAUGACCACUUCUUUAUCCUCAAGGUUGAAAAAGACGCGUACUAUAUCAUUGACACACUUGGGGAGAGGCUUUUUGAGGGUUGUAAUCAGGCAUAUAUCCUCAAAUUCGACCAAGAUACAACAAUUAUGCAAGCACCUGGUGAGUCUCAACAAUCAGAUAAUAAGCCAUCUUGUGAUAGAAAAGAGAAAACCGAUGUCAAAGAGGCUGCGGAUGAAAGCAAAAUUGUCAUGAGCACCAACAGCGACGACAGUAUGCAGGAAGACAGGGUACCUGAAAAGAACAUCAUUUAUAGAGGUAAAGAGGCAUGUAAAGAGUACAUUAAGAGUUUUUUAGCAGCAAUCCCUAUUAGAGAGUUACAAGUUGAUGUAAAGAAAGGAUUGAUGGCAUCGACACCCCUUCAUCAGCGCCUACAAAUCGAGUUCCUCUACACAAUGAGCUUUGUCCCCAAGUUUGAGGAGUCAUCUUCAGAAGAACUGAUUGCUAACAGUUUGGCCAUAGUACCAUCGGCAAUAGUAGAAUAAGCAACGAUUGGGUACAAGCAAAGGACCAAAUCAGAAGGUACCCGUACUUUCUUCUGCGACAUUGAAUCUUGCAGACUUUGCUUCAGUAGCUGGAGAUAAACAAGAGGGCAUUGAAAUUUUCGUUCCUUUGGAAUUCUCUGUUGGCAGCUUCAAGAGUUGCCUUUCACUC